AUGUCUAAAUCAACAAGAUCGUCCACUGCGAAGAACAAUCAAGGAUCACCGGCACCAGACAACGAUUCAUCUGCCAAAAUCACUCAAGUCGAUCCUAUUUCAACUGUGUUCCCUCAAAAACCCAAGAAGAUGAGGAUAAAAUCUGUUGCUGUAAGGCCUAAGAGAACUCCUAUUACGCAUACUGAAAAUCAUGGUGCUACUGAUGGCACGAAUAAAAAUGCUGAAACCCUAGGAAAGGAAAAUCCCCAAAAAGAUGAAUCCCUAGGAAAGUCCUGUUUGAAUGUUGAUGAUAGUACUAAUGUAAAGAUGGCAUCGCCUGCUGGUGGUGUAUCUGAGAAUUUGGCUGGUCCCUCUAGUGUCAAAUUCUGGUCUGAUGAUGAAGAUGUUGAACCUCCUGAGAAUGUUGUCCAUAAAACCCCUGAGGCUUAUGUUGUAAGUGACAAGAAUAAAACUCCUCAUAAUGUAAUGCAUGAUAAUGCAUUUGAAACCAAUACUGAUGCUGACCCACCAUCCAAGGAUGUGCAUACUGAACCAGAUGUUGUGGAAGUUAAUGAUACUUCUGAAGAAGAAGAUGGUGUGAGAAUAAGUAUUCCUGUUACAGAUAGGUCUAAGAGACUUAGAAGUAACUCGGGCAAGGAUGUGGCCACUCCUAGUCAGAAGUCCAACACACCAAAGGAAGGAAAGAAAACUUCAACCCCUGCCAAGAAAGCUGUGAAGUUUGGACCACCUAGAAGUGCCAACAAGGUCACUACUUCUGGCAAAGAAAAGAAAAACUUGAAAAGGAAAGAACCUGAGUCUAGUGAGUCUGAAUUUGAAGAGGAAACUGUCAAAAUCACAAGUGGUGGAUCUUCAAGAAAAACUGUAAAGGGAAGAAAAGUACCAUUGAAUGUACCCUCUGCACCCCUUGAUAAUUUCUCUUUCCACUUUGAAGAUGGCCCAACCAAGUGGAAAUUUGUGUUUAAUAGAAGACUUUCAGUAGAGAGGAAUUUGAGUAACGACUUUCUACAGUGUAAGGAGCUUAUGGAACUGAUCAGUGCUGCAGGCUUAAUGAAAACAGUGAAAGCCCUUGCGGUGUAUUAUGAAAAGCUAGUCAAAGAGUUCUUAGUGAACAUAGGAGAAGACUGCAUUGAUCCUACAAGCCCUGAGUUGAGAAAAAUCUUUGUUAGAGGAAGGUGUGUCAAUUUUUCUCCAUCUGUUAUCAACCAGUACUUGAGAAGAUCAAUAGAUGAGAUUGCAGAUAUGGGAGUUAGUCAGGAUGAGGUAUGCAAGACCAUUACAGGAAACUCUGUGCAAGCAUGGCCAAAGAAGAACAAUUUGUCUGCAACAAAACUGACUGCAAAAUAUGCUCUGUUGAAUAAGAUAGUUGCUGCUAACUGGGUGCCCACCACUCAUUCAAACAGUGUGGCAACUGGUUUGGCCAGGUUCAUUUAUGCAGUAGGCACAAAAACCUCUUUUGCUUUUGGUUCGUACAUCUUUGAGCAAACAUUUAAACAUGUUAAGUCACUUGCUGUACAAAUGCCAAUUGCUUUCCCUACUCUGCUAUGUGGUAUAAUAUUGGAUCAGCAUCCAGAUAUAUGUACUCCUGCUGAUGUGCCUUGUGCUAGAGAGGCAGACUUGUCUUUUGACUACAGGCUGUUUGAAGGGUCACAUGCUGCAGACAUUGCUGGACCAUCUGGCAAGAAAUCUGCUAACACCUUGAGCAAGAAGCAGAUGAUAGCUGAUCUAAAAGAGACCAGCAAGGCUCUGGAGGAAAGGAAGCUGUCUAUAGAUCGUGUGAUUCAGGCCUUGGAGGCUGAAGUGGCUGAGGAAGGAGGUAUGGAAGGUGAUGGUGCUGCUGGUGAGCAAGUGCAAGUGGAGGACUCUGAUGAAAGUGCCUCUAUUUGA